CGCCCAUUCCCUCCUUUUCUCUCCCUCGAACACAUGUUUCUGUCUUUACAAUAGGCAAUAUGAACAUCUCAUCAUCUCCAUUUUCGUCUUUUUCUUUGCUUCUACUCUCCUCUUUCCCUUCGUUUCCAUACUUUUCGUAAGAAACGAUUUAACUCGAUUUUCUCUGCCAUGAGUAAGCUCGUUGUUGAAGUUGUUGAGGCCGUUGAUUUGAUGCCUAAAGAUGAACAGGGUUCUUCGAGUCCGUUUGUGGAGGUUGAAUUCGAUGGCCAGCGUCAAAGGACCCAAACCAAGCACAAAGAUCUUAACCCUUCUUGGAAUGAAAAGUUUGUUUUUGAUGUAAACAAUCCCGGGGAUCUUGAAUACAAGACCGUUGUCGUCACUGUUUACAAUGAUAAACAAGGUGACCGUGGUCACCACCGGAAUUUUCUCGGCAGAGUCAAGAUUUCCGGCGGUUCGGUCCCGUCGUCGGAAUCUGGUUCCGGUGUGCAACGCUACCCGCUUGAUAAACGUGGCCUUUUUUCAAAUAUCAAAGGAGAUAUUGCUUUGAAAAUUUAUGGCGUGCAUGAUGGAGUUCCUCAAGAGCCGGUGGUACAGCGUGCGGUUCCUGAGAGAGUUGUUGCUGAAAAUGAAGAAACCGGAGGUUUUGAAGAACCCCAAUCAGAGAAAAUUCCGUUUGAGGAGAUCGACACUAACAGUUAUGAAGAAGAAGUAAAGGUAGAAGAAAAGGAGAAGAAGAAGGAGAAAGAACAAGAAGUGAGGACUUUUCACUCUAUAGGGACCGACACUAACAGUUUUGAUGAAGAGGUAAAGGUAGAAGAAAAGAAGGAAAAGAAGAAGAAAGAACAAGAAGCCAGGACUUUUCACUCUAUAGGGACCGGAGCUAGUGGUCCUCCUCCAGCUCCGCCUCAGUCUGCACCACCUCCCGUCAAGGAAAAACCCCCGGUGGUGGAUACCAGAGCAGAUUUUGCUAAAGCAGCACCGCCGGCUGCUAGUGUAAUGCAUAUGCAGAUGCCGAGGCAGAAUCCGGACUACCUCUUGGUGGAAACUAGACCGCCGGUGGCGGCACAUUUGCGGUACCGAGGCGGCGACAAGACGUUGACUACUUACGAUUUAGUGGAGCAGAUGCAUUACCUGUAUGUAAAUGUAGUCAAGGCAAAGGAUCUUCCUGUUAUGGAUCUUUCAGGGAGCCUAGAUCCUUAUGUGGAAGUGAAGCUUGGGAACUACAAAGGGCAAACAAAACACUUGGAGAAGAAUCAAAACCCUGUAUGGCACCAAAUCUUUGCUUUCUCAAAAGAAAGGGUGCAAUCAAACUUGCUUGAAGUUGUUGUCAAAGAUAAGGAUUUUGGGAAGGAUGAUUUUGUUGGUAAAGUCGUGUUCGAUGUCAUGGAAAUCCCUCUUCGAGUUCCACCAGAUAGCCCAUUGGCACCUCAAUGGUACAGAUUGGCUGAUAAGAGAGGUGACAAAAUCAGAGGGGAGAUUAUGUUGGCAGUUUGGAUGGGAACACAGGCUGAUGAGUCCUUUCCCGAGGCAUGGCAUUCGGAUGCUCACAACAUUAGUCACUCGAACCUGGCUAAUACGCGGUCCAAGGUUUAUUUCUCCCCCAAGCUAUAUUACCUUCGAGUUCAUGUCAUGGAAGCUCAAGAUCUUGUUCCGCAUGACAAAGGCCGGCUUCCGGAUCCGUAUGUUAAGGUAAUACUCGGGAAUCAGAUUAGACCGACAAAGGUACAACAGCGGACCGUUCAUCCAGUUUGGGAUGAUCAGCUUAUGUUUGUCGCCUCUGAGCCUUUUGAAGAUUACAUAAUCAUAUCCGUUGAGGAUAGGAUUGGACCUGGUAAAGAUGAGAUUUUAGGGAGGGCGAUGAUUUCGCUUCGAGAAGUGCCUCAAAGAUUGGAAACUGGUAAGCCACCAGACCCUCGGUGGCUUAGUCUUCUCAAGCCUUCAAAGGUGGAAGAGGAGGGUGAAAAGAAGAAAGAAAAAUUCUCAAGCAAGAUCUUGUUGCGGUUUUUUCUCGAGGCAGGGUACCAUGUUCUUGAUGAAUCUACACAUUUCAGCAGUGAUCUUCAACCAUCGUCGAAGCAUCUUAGGAAGCCCAGCAUCGGGAUUCUCGAACUUGGGAUUUUGAGUGCAAGGAACUUGCUGCCAAUGAAGAUGAAGGAAGGUAAGAUGACUGACGCAUAUUGUGUGGCAAAGUAUGGGAACAAAUGGGUGAGGACUAGAACGCUUCUUGAUACUCUGACUCCUAGAUGGAACGAGCAGUACACUUGGGAAGUUCAUGAUCCGUGUACUGUGAUCACCAUUGGUGUGUUUGACAAUGCCCACACCAAUGGAAGCAAAGAUGAUGCAAGGGAUCAGAAAAUUGGGAAAGUGAGAGUUCGGCUAUCGACUCUUGAAAUAGAUCGUGUUUAUACUCAUUAUUACCCUUUAUUGGUUCUUACACCUUCUGGUUUGAAGAAGCAUGGGGAGCUUCAGUUGGCAUUAAGGUUCACUUGCACUGCUUGGGUUAACAUGGUGGCUCAAUACGGAAGACCAUUGCUUCCCAAGAUGCACUAUGUCAAUCCUAUACCAGUCAUGAACAUAGACUGGCUGCGCCACCAAGCAAUGCAGAUUGUGGCAGCAAGAUUGCAAAGAGCAGAGCCACCACUGAGGCGAGAGGUGGUUGAGUACAUGUUGGAUGUGGAUUACCAUAUGUGGAGUCUCAGGAGAAGCAAAGCAAAUUUCCACCGCAUAAUGUCGGUUCUUUCAGGGGUUACUGCUGUUUGCAAGUGGUUCAACGAUAUCUGCUACUGGAGAAACCCAAUCACAACCUGUCUGGUGCAUGUUUUGUUCUUGAUGCUUAUUUGCUACCCAGAACUAAUAUUGCCUACAAUUUUCUUAUACCUGUUUGUGAUCGGUAUAUGGAACUACCGGUUCAGGCCGAGACAUCCCCCACAUAUGGAUGCCCGGCUUUCUCAAGCGGAUAAUGCACACCCCGAUGAGCUAGAUGAAGAAUUUGACUCAUUUCCAACAUCCAGACCAUCGGAUAUCGUACGAAUGAGGUACGAUAGGCUGCGAAGUGUUGCCGGUAGGGUACAGACAGUGGUCGGAGAUCUGGCAAGCCAAGGAGAAAGGGCUCAAGCAAUACUAAGCUGGCGUGAUUCGAGAGCAACAGCAAUCUUCAUCAUCUUGUCCUUGAUCUGGGCAGUGUUCAUUUAUGUUACUCCAUUCCAAGUGGUGGCCGUUCUGUUCGGUCUCUACUGGCUACGCCAUCCACGCUUCAGGAGCAAGCUGCCAUCGGUGCCUGUCAACUUCUUCAAAAGAUUGCCAUCCAAGUCAGACAUGUUAAUAUGAGAAAUUAAGGGAACUCCCAUCAUAAAUAUUCGUUUAAUCAGUAAGUGAAUAAAGGGGAUUCAGCAAAUAACUUUCAACAGAUAUCAUACCAGAAGAUGGGGAAGAGAAAAGCAAACCAUUACAGAAUCUCACUUUUCUAGCUUUGGAUAUGCGCUUUCUCAAUUGAACUUUUCAGCUGCUAUUCAAGAUUUUGCUCAAGUUAUCAUUUGUGCAGGUCAUGAAUGUAGGGUAAGUACAUCCACAAGAGAGUAAAAUGGUAAAAGGAAUUGUAGACCAGUGCCGGCAAGUAUUGUACAACUACUUCAGAUUUAUAAGAUAAAACUGAUUUUAUAAUAA